CGAUCAUUCAACGGAACCGGUUGUUGACGUCAUCACAUCGCUGUCAACCAUGAGUUCACCGGAUUCACCAUCAGUGAUGGAAUCAACCGAAUAUACCUUUCUUCUCUACAUAACGGAGAACGGAGGAUUGUCAAGAGCAGAAAAUUAAGAGAACUAGAAUCUGUGCGCAUUCUUGGCUUUACUCCUCACUAUAUGAGGUUUACCGUCCUAAUUCCAGUGUCUUGGGCGUGGCAUACUGUGAAGCUGACUCACGCCUCUAUUCCACCUUGAAUACUAUCAAAUCAGAACCAUAGCUUUGACAGUCACGCCAAUGUCAAAUUAAUCAGUUGGCGGGAAAAUAGGAGGUUCAAGGACUGGACUGGUAAAAAGAUACAAAAACAAAUUAUUUUCAUGUAAUUUUUGAAUGAAAUUUAAAUUUCCAUUCUAAGUGCCCAUAUUUUGAGCUAUGGAUGAAGAUACUAUUUCGGUUUCAAAGGGUGUAUUCAUCUUUAACAACAAUAUUAAAAGGUCUAAUAAUCGUGGUAGAAGAAAACGUACCUUCACAACCAAUAAAACAACAGACGACAAUGAGAUUUUUGCCUCGAAUCUAUGGUAUCAGCAAUAUGCAAACCUAAAGAAUAUUUUAGAAGAAAACAUUAUGGAACUAAAUGACAACAUGUUUUCGUCGGUACUUUCUGAGCUAGUACAGUUUGUAGGCAGUAGUCGUAAAAGUGCUGUUGAAGAAAUCCCAACAGCAGCGCUCUUGACUGGCAUCAAUAUGCCAGACCAUGCUGCUCAGUUCUCAACACUGAUUAACAAAAUACAGCAGAAUGAAACACCGCAUGUUGCAUGCCUUUAUAGUCAGGAUUGUGUCAAUAUAAAAAAUAUGAUUGAAAAUAUGAUCAAUAAAUUGAUGAAUUCUGAAGGUGAAACAAUAGAUGAUGAGGAUGAGGAUCACAGGACAAUAAAAAAACAUCAAAUGAAUCUUUCUGUACUUCAGUGUUGGUACAAUAAUGUUUAUGGAGAAAAGAAAAUUAUGUCCUCGCCUAAAAAACAACGAACAAAUAUUCAUCAAAAAGCAUUAGUAGUGAUAAUUCCCGAUUUUGAAAGCUUCACUUCUUCUGUCCUCCAAAAAUUCAUCUUAAUUGUUAGUUGUUACAUUAAAGUAUUACCGUUUGUAUUUAUUUUCGGCAUUGCCACAUCUUUGAAUACGUUACAUACCUCACUCUCUUACCAAAUUAUGUCCAAAAUAAACAUAAGGGUAUUCAAGUCACAACCAUCAAUAGUAUACUUAGACAAUGUUCUUGAAAAUGCUUUUUUUGAUACUAAUUUCCCAUUUCAUUUAGGUGGUAAUAUUUUCAAUUUGUUCAUAGAUCUGUUUUUGUUUUACGAUCUUUCAGUCAAUAAUUUCAUUACUAAUGUUAAGUAUGCUAUGGCAGAACAUUUCUGUUUUGGAAACGCGAUGUCUUUGUGUACUUUGAGUAAGCCACAAACAAGAGAAAUGGUCGAAAAUUUCACUCACAAUGAUUUUGAAAAUGUCAGGCAACUUUUGUCAUUUAGGAAGCUGGUGGAGAGUGAAACUUAUGAAAACCGUAUCAAACUUUUGACCGAUGAUGAUUACUUUAAAGAUGUGUUGAUCAAACAUUUAAGGAGCAUUCAAAAGUAUUUGAGAAGGUUUCAUCUUUUUUUGAAGGUGUUACAUGUCUUAGUGAAUGACUUGCCAAAAGCACCUUUAGGCAAAAAGAUUAGGGAACUAUAUGCAGUAGCUGUAUCAAGAGAUAUAACUAAAUCAGACGAAUAUAAGGAGUCUUUCCAAUUAUUAGGAUUUCUUUCUAAGGUUGAGCUCAUAUCUAAACUUUCCGCUAUCAUAGAUAUUCUUUCACCAAAGUUGACGUCCGUAGAGCAAAAUAAGAUCGCAGAAUUUGUAAAUAAACUGGAACAAUACUUGAAAAGUAUGAAUGAUUUUAACAUGGAGGAACUACAAGAUGCUGUUGAAGAGAUUGAAACUGAAGCACUGGCAGAUGAAACCAUAGAUAGCAGACAGCAAUUUAGAGAGAAAUUAUUGGGAAUGGCAAAACAAAAAUCAGCAAAGCAGUUGAACAAGUAUGAACAACUCAGGAAAGAGGUGUUGGAUCUUCUAUCAAAUGCAUUUGAAGAGUAUCUUGUGGAACCAAAAUCAUUUUACUUACAUGAAAUAUUCUUUUUUGAUGAUGUUUCAAUACAAAAUAAUAUAGUUGGUACCCACAGAACGGCUAUACACAACGCUUUGAAUGAUCCGCAGUAUUAUUUACAGUGUUCUUGUUGUGAGAUACCUAACAGCACCUCAAUAAGGCAUACAAUGCCUGAUAUUUGCAUUGCAUAUAAGUUGCACUUAGAAUGUGGAAAGAUGAUCAAUCUAUAUGAUUGGCUCCAAGCAUUCUUGAGCAUUGUGGAUCCCUCUGACGCAGAUGAGGAAUCUGAUAGAUAUGUGAAGCCAGAGUUACAAGCUCGAUUUACGCAAAUCGUAACAGAGCUGGAAUACCUAGGAUUCAUAAAGAACUCGAAAAGGAAAGCAGAUCAUGUGGCCAGGUUAACUUGGGGUGGAUAGUGUUAUAUUUUUUCUAGAAAUUCACACUGUCUUCGAAUAAGUUACGAUUCGAAAUACUAAGUAUAAAUAUAUUUAUUUUUAUAGAGUA